UAAAUACUCCAUUGCGCAAUGAGAGUCAGAAUUCAGGAUCGCGGGCCUCGGUUGUUGUGCCCACAGAACUGGAAGCGAUCUCCUUAAAUCCCUCGCAUCGUCACGAGCUGGACCUCUGUCGUAUGAUACUUGCUGUUGCUUUGGUAGCUUGGUGGCUCCUUGGUUAUAAUCGAGGAGAAGAGUUGUUUGUGAUCAAGUUCCAAUUCGCAUUUGUGUUUGGGUGCAGUAUAGCUGCAAUCUUUAGGUUUCAAGAUGACUCAUGAUGAUGAGAAGCCUAUGGUGGGAUCGUAUCGACCAAAGAGCCGUCGCUGCUGCGUUGCGACUGUUUUGAGUGUAUCCUUAGUUGUGGUGCUUGUUAUCUGUAUCGCAAUUCCCUUGGGAAUGAGAAGCGGUAAGGAUGACGGAAAUGGCGACCCUGCAGCAUGCGUAGCCACAGACUACCCAGACACCUGUAGGGAAUCACUAGCCGGAUCGGAUGGAACUCCAGUGGGUAUGUCGAAGGCGUCGAUCAAGUCUUCGGACGAACAAGUCGGACAACUUUCAGAUGGAACCACCAAUGAGCAGUGCAAGGAGCUUCUGACUAGCGCCAGGGAAUUGUUUGCAAGGGUGUACGCCUCGAUGGAUAUUACCAAUCAGACACUUCGAGAACAAACCUGUGCGGACAUUCAGACACAGUUGAGUGCGGCGCUUACCAACGUAAAUACCUGCAAGGACGUCUUGGAGGAAUCUGGUUCGCCUGAAUUUGCCUCAUUCUUGGAGCGCUCGUCUAAGUCGGAGCAAUGCAUUGGAAAUACGCUGGCGAUAGUGAACGGUUUUUGUAUGUAUGGUAACGAAAUCAAAAACUGGGCCGGUCUGGCCACUGGUCUAAGCAUGCCCGAUUUGGGUUCGUUCUUAGGUAACGGUGCGCAUCGCCGUCUCAUGAACGUGGAGUAUUCCACCAAUGAGGCACAGGAGGAAAACCUCCUUCCAAACUGGAUGGACAGUGCUACCAGCAGACAUCUUCUCACACUUCCUCCCUCGUAUAAUGUUAUCGUUGCCAAGGACGGAUCUGGGAAGUACAAGACCGUGGGAGAAGCCAUUCAAAGGGCGUCUACGUCGGGUGCAACUCGAUAUGUGAUCUACGUCAAGGCCGGAGUUUAUGAUGAGCAGAUCAUUAUUCCCAAGAAGCUGGCCAAAUUGACAAUUAUCGGAGACGGUAUCGACAAGACCAUCUUCACUGGAAAAAGGAACGUCGGGCUGAUGAAGGGAAUGACUACCUACUUGUCCGCAACGAUGAUUGUGCAAGGUGAAGGAUUCAUCGGGAAGAUGUUUACGUGCCGAAACACCGCUGGAGCAGCUGGACACCAAGCUGUGGCCACGCGUGUUACCGCGGACAAGGUUGCCUUCUACCGGGUGAAAUUCGAUAGCUUCCAAGACACUCUCUACUGCCAUUCAUUACGCCAAUUCUACCGCGAAUGCAUCGUCAUGGGCACCGUCGACUUCAUUUUCGGAAAUGCCAACGCGGUAUUCCAGAACUGCCAGAUUGUCGCUAAGAAGACCACAUUGCAAGGUCAGCAAAACACCUACACUGCCCAGGGAAGGUCCGACAAGCACCAGAACACCGGCCUUGCGUUCCAGGACUGCAACUUUGACGGCACCCCUGAUCUGAAGCGCAACGUCCAGUACUACCCGACCUUCCUUGGCCGCCCUUGGAAGGCUUACUCCGUCUGCGUCUUGCUGAGACCCAGCAUCCAAGCUCAUGUCGACCCCAAGGGAUGGCUCCCAUGGAAUACUACCGACUUCGGAUUGUACACAUCCUUCUUCGCCGAAUACAAGGGUAGCGGCCCAGGAUCGAACAGGCGCUACAGGGUGAAAUGGUCGCACGGAAUCAGUGACUCCAAGACGGCGAACAAGUACCAAGCAGCGAGCUUCAUCGACGGCAAGAGCUGGAUCACGGACCUCGGCAUGCCAUACUCUAAUGCCGCUGUGUAAAAAUGGGCCGCCUGCUUCAUCUGUCUCAUUGUCUUGAAGCUUUAGGGUUUCGGUCCGAACUGGACUGUUAUCUGCGGGCGUCACCCCCGUCUAGGAAAAGCAGCAAGGAUGUGAAUUCAGACCCGUUGUGGUGGGUCUAGAUAACAAAACCCAGCGCUUCUUUUUUUCCAAGCAGAGCAUUUUUAUUGUUUGUAAAACACACACAAAUCAUAUACCAUUCUUUGGGCACCGAAUUGGUCCGCCCCCUUAUUACUCUCA